CUCUCAUUUCCCAGCGCUCAGUGAGAGAGAGAGGAAGCAGCGCGCGCUUCAACAACAAGAAGAAGAAGCAGCAGAAGACUUCACCUCUGUGAAUAUGACUCAGCUGUGAGUGAGCAGCGCAGCAGUACACGCACUGUUUGUGAAUGUGCUUCACGUGUCCGCGCGCCACAGUGAGGGACACUUCACCCGUGUCACCGGCGUGGGGGUCGAGCCCGUGGAUGCAGCGGCCGGGGGUCGGUGCGUGAGCCCCGCAGGAUCCACCUGUCUUAGGGGCGCCCGCGGCUCCUCCAGCGGUUCCCAUGUGGAUGAGGAAUAUGACUCCGGAGAUGCUGCUGCUGCUGCUGCUGGUGCAGAUCCUGUGGGUUUUACCUGGGACCGGAGCGGCUCCUCCUGUGAGCGCAGAGCAGCUGGACACCGGGGUGGACUGGCUGAGCAGGUUCGGCUACCUCCCGCCCCCCGACCCAGUGACUGGUCAGCUCCAGACCAAGGAGGCCCUGACCAAGGCCAUCAAAGCCAUGCAGAGGUUCGGAGGCCUGAAGGAGACCGGAGUCUUCGACCAAGCCACACUGGGUCUAAUGAAAACACCCAGAUGUUCUCUGCCAGAUGUGUCUGAGGCCGAGGGGACGGCGGGCCGCAGCAAACGAAGCUCGACCCCUCAGAACAAAUGGAAUAAGAGGCAUCUCUCCUGGAGAGUGAGGACCUUCCCUAAGGAUUCAGCCUUACUGGGCAGGGACACCGUUCGAGCCCUGAUGUACUACGCCUUGAAAGUCUGGAGCGACAUCGCGCCGCUCAACUUCCACGAGGUGGCCGGCAACGACGCAGACAUUCAAAUCGACUUCACCAAGGCCGACCACGACGAUGGGUAUCCGUUUGACGGGCCGGGGGGCACCGUGGCACACGCGUUCUUCCCCGGGGAGAGGUUCACCGCCGGGGACACGCACUUUGAUGAUGACGAGGCGUGGACCUUCAGAUCACCAGACACCCAUGGGAUGGAUCUGUUUGCGGUUGCAGUCCAUGAGUUCGGUCACGCCAUCGGCCUGGUCCACACCUCCGCCAUCGAGUCCAUCAUGAGACCGUACUACCAGGGUCCCGUAGGAGACCCUCUGAAAUACGACCUGCCCUAUGAGGACAAGGUCCGCGUGUGGCAGCUCUACGGGGUCAGAGACUCAGUGUCCCACACAAAUCGACCAGCGAACCCCUCGCAGACAGCUGAACCUCCCGUCCUGCUGGACCUCCCUGAAAACAGAUCAACUGUCUUCCUGGCACGAGACGCCCCAGACAGAUGCUCCGGUCACUUCGAUGCCGUGGCGCAAAUUCGCGGGGAGGCCUUCUUUUUCAAAGGGAAGUACUUCUGGCGACUAACUCGAGAGAAGCAUUUGGUUUCUCUUCGCCCGGCUCAGAUCCAUCGCUUCUGGAGGGGCCUCCCGCCCAAUCUGGACAGUGUCGAUGCCGUGUAUGAGCGACCUGGGGACCACAAAAUUGUGUUUUUUAAAGGUCUCAAGUACUGGGUGUUUAAAGACAAUAACGUGGAGGAAGGUUACCCUCGUGCAAUCAGUGACUUUGGUCUGCCCUUGGAAGGCAUAGAUGCAGCAUUUAUUUGGCUGCACAACGACAAAACCUACUUCUUCAAGGACAACCACUACUGGCGCUACGACGACCACCUGCGGCGCAUGGACCAGGGCUACCCCAAAGACAGCACGCUGUGGAAGGGGCUGCCGCCGCAUCUGGACGACGCCAUGAGGUGGUCGGACAGCUCGUCCUAUUUCUUCAAGGGGAAGGAGUACUGGAAAGUUCCAGGCAGUGACAUGGAGGUGGAGGCAGGUUACCCCCGCCUCAUCGCCAAGGACUGGCUGCUGUGCACGGAGAUGCAGUCGGACUCUCCCGACACGGAGCCCAAAAGCACGGAGACGAGAGUCAACGUGCACCAUCAACCGGACCACGCGGAGAACGGGUACGAGGUGUGCUCCUGCACCUCGGACUCCGCCUCGCCUUUGGGCGCCCGCCCCUCCACCUCCCCCCUCUGGCUGCUGCCACCACUCUGGACGCUCUCGCUGGCCCUCAGCUCCGAACUGCUAUGAUACCAAAGCACGGGACACAGUUCUCAAGCUGAGGUGCAAGAGACAGACUCUCAAGAGGAAAAUACAAACUCUACCAUUUGUUCAUAUAAAUAUCAAUUGGGAUGUUUUUUGCAGUUGUUUCGCUGUUAUUUAUUUCACAUGCCAUUCGGUGUCAUCUAAAGCGCCUUCCACUCCAGUAAGGGUAGUGCAUACAGUUAACAUGUUAUUAUACUAGGGCAUCCCUAGUAGCCAUCAAGUCACUGACAAUGACAGUGGUAGAACCAUACUUUACAAAUUCAGUUACACAGAAUCACAACUUCUAUUCUUUGGCUUCUCAACUGGCUGAACUGUUUCUGCGAGGAAAACAAAUUGAUGAUUGGGACUUGAUGUGUUCACUCUAAAUACAAAAGUAUUCUAUCAGCACCAAUGAUAAUUACUUUUUUUCAUGUACAAGUUUACAGCAAUAAUGAAUGGCACUGUGGGAUGUAAGCAGAUAGACACAGGUACAGAGGUCUGGUUUUAUCUCGAAGAAAUUAAAGAAAAUGUUGCUGAGA